AUGCCCCCGUAUGCGGCCGACUCCACCGACCGCCCGAACCACGCCUCGCACCCCAACUUCAGUCUUCCCACGCGCACCUCAUCUGACAAGCCGCCCGCCGGGUGGGAGAAUGGAGUGAGGCUCUCGAACGGGAACACGGCCAAGAUGAACGGCAACGGCCCCAAUGGGUCGCCAAUGCAGUCGGUCCCCAACGGCCGCCCUGCCCAGCGGACGAGCAUAGAUAAGCGGUUAUCGCAAGACGAGACACCAUCGCGGAGGAGCCGGGAGUCGCAGAGCCUCUACAACUCGGGCGACAUGCCGAACAGAGACGACGGCUACUUUGCGUCGAUACACAGCAGCGAAACCAAGGACCGCUCCGGUACCACGCACGUCAAGCUGGGCCAAUUGGACUCGUUCGACGGCACCAGGGAAGCCAGCAAGGACUUUGUGCCCCACGUCGGCACGGUGUCGAGCCCAGGGAGCGCGCAGCAGCCUCAGUCUGGCGAUGCGCCUGCCAACCUGCAGGUGCCCGCCUCGGCGCAUCGCGUCUCCUCGCCGCCGGCCUUCAACCACAACGCCCCAGCGCCAUCGCAACAUCCCUACCGUCUGCAGCAGCGCCACACCCUCGAGGUCCCCAAGCUCGCCACUUCACGCGCUCGCGACGCGCAAAGCAACACCGACGACGUCGUCUCGGCGAGCGGUCGCUUCUCCCCCACGUCUGGAGGGCGUCGGCGAGGGUCCAUGUCCCUUGUGCGUAGGACCACACGAUCAGUCAACUCAGAGAUGCACCCGGACGAGGUGCCUCAGGACGACGAUGCAGCGCGAUGGGCCGAACACAUUCGACAGAAGCGCGCAAGCAAGAGAAAAAGAAAGGAGGACGAGGACGACGACCGCGUUGUCGUUGGAACCAAAGUCGACCAGCACCAUGUCAACUGGGUCACCGCCUACAACAUGCUUACCGGCAUCCGCUUCACCGUGUCGCGGACAAACGCCAAGAUGGACCGCGACCUGACCGAUGCCGAUUUCGACGCGAAGCAUAAGUUCUCGUUUGACAUGUACGUGCCAUCAGGAUUUCCUCAUCUCGUCAAGCAUUUGUUGGAGUUCAGUUUUGUUGAGUCUGGGUGGCCUUACGAUUUCAAGUUCAAGGACUACGCUCCAUGGGUCUUCCGCCAUCUCCGCUCUACCUUCAAGCUGGAUCCUGCCGACUACCUCGUAUCGCUAACAAGCAAAUACAUUCUCUCUGAGCUGGGCUCGCCCGGCAAGAGUGGCAGCUUUUUCUAUUUCUCCCGUGAUUACAAAUACAUCAUCAAAACCAUUCACCACGCCGAGCACAAGUUCCUGCGGAAGAUUCUCAAGGACUACUACAACCAUGUCCAGGAGAACCCGAACACUCUCCUCUCCCAGUUUUACGGUUUACAUCGCGUAAAGAUACCAUACGGACGGAAGAUCCAUUUCGUCGUCAUGAACAACUUAUUCCCACCCCAUCGAGAUAUCCACCGCACAUUUGAUCUAAAGGGCUCCACCAUUGGCCGAGACUUCAAGGAGGAAGAAUUAGAAGCGAACCCCCGCGCGACACUCAAGGAUCUAAACUGGCUGCGACGAGACCUGCAUUUAGAAUUCGGUCCAACAAAGAAGAGGAUGUUUAUCGAGCAGAUGCAGAAGGAUGUGAAACUACUACAACGCCUGCACAUCAUGGACUACUCGCUCUUGGUCGGCAUCCACGACUUGGAAAGGGGUAACGAGGAAAACUUGCGAGACAAGACUCUCAAAGUCUUCCAGCCCGGUGGUGAGGCUGCAGAAGAUCCACAGCCUAACAUGCUUGUGCGGACGCCAUCGAAGCUGGAGGCCUCGCGUAAAGCGAGGGAACUGCGACAAAUGGUCAAGACACAGAAGCCAGUGCCCAUGGAACAGACUUCUAGCAAGAUGCCCGACGAGUUGCAAGAUCCCAAGCGGAACUUCUACUUUUACUCUGAUGACGGUGGCUUCCGGGCCACGCAUGAGGACGACGCGCCGGGUGAGGAGAUCUACUAUCUCGGUAUCAUUGACUGUCUCACACACUACUCCGUUAUCAAGCGUAUGGAGCAUUUCAUCAAAGGCCUUGCGAACACGGAAUCACAAAUAUCUGCCAUACCCCCUGAACGAUACGGCGACCGCUUUGUGAGAUUUAUCAGUGGUGUUACCAAAACGAAAGAAGCUGCCGAACGAGAGAAACAGCACGAAGCCGCCCGUGCCGAGAACGAACCUAUCAUUGCCGGUAUCAACUCCGAUGCGUCACAGCAGCACACGACCGAUCGCGUCAUCGAAAAGGCGGAAUGGCAGGCUGGGCGUUCGAGACAGCGCGGCCGGAGCGAAGAAGACGUUCCAAAUCGUGACAUGAGGGCAGUACGUAGUCCGUCUGCUGAGCGAGGAGAGAUAGGCACCACCCUUCCGGUGGUCGAAGAAGCCGGCGAGUCCUCUAGUGUAGGUGGACGGAGCAAUCGAAGUGCUUCUGAUGGAGACAACACUCUUUCUCCACCAGCGCCACCGCUCAAGAACACACUCCUCGGCCUUCCUGUUCGCUCACGGUCGCGACCGAGAGACGAAAACCCUGGGCGACCACCGCCAACUCCACCGAAGGACUCUGGUACAGGUACAGCGCUUAGCGGAGGACGGCCACCUACCCCACCAAAGGACGAGCCCUUCUCGCAUCGCCACUCAGGUCCUCCCACGCCACCCAAGGAGAAGAGGAGCAGGAGUCCAGAGAGAAACAAGGAGCUACCGCGUACACCUUUGGAUGUGGAUACGACUAUUCGCGUAGGCUGA